UUAUCUCGCCCACAGCAUUCGUUCGUCUGCGAACGAAGAGGACCGGGUCGGUAUCGCGCGCGACCUUAGUAGGGGAAACGACAUAAGGCUUGCGUCCGGCGUGAUUCCGCACAGCUCCUAACAGAGCCUCUGUAGGGCGCCGGAAAGCGGACACAGCGAGUAAUAGGCACCGAACAAGGCUGUCGUUCUUACGUCUGCGAGGUCGUCAACUCGAAUCUGCUCUUACAUCAUUCUUUCAUAACUGCGAGACCCUGCACUUUUUGCGGCGUGUGUCUGUGUAACGUCGCUGUACAUCGCGCGAGCUUCGGUGGAUUCGGUGUACCCGCGUCGUUAAUUUGAGGCGCUUAUGAAUAUGGGCGCCCUCAGGGAAACGGUGUCAACGAAAACAUUCCUGCUUGCAUCGCUCGUGCUUGUCGUUCUCGGCGCAAGUUCAACUGGGCAAGUCCUGGCUGCGUCUGUGCAGGCUCGACCGGCCUCGGCGACCGCUGCUGCUUGCGGCCAGCCCUCGGUUGAGCCGCAGCUGGAGCUUGAGGACCGUAUUGUUGGUGGACAGCCGGCGGUGCCGGGUUCGUGGCCUUGGCAUGCGGCGCUCCACAAGCACGGGACAGGCCAUGCUUGCGGUGGGGCGCUCAUCACGGACCGUCACGUCAUCACGGCAGCGCAUUGCGUCUGGACUCACCAGCCCGGUGAGCAGUACAUCAAGGUGCACCUUGGUGGCCAUCAUCGGGACGUGCGUCAGGGAAACGAAAUAUGGGAAGAGGUGGAGGAGAUAUGCGCCCAUACCAGCUUCAAGCACCCCAGGAAAACAAGUUUGCGCGGGGACAUCGCCAUUCUAAAGCUGAAAAACAAGAUAAACUUCACGAGCGUGGUGCACCCAGUGUGCCUUCCAGUCAGCUACGAAGAACUGGGCGACGGUUCACAUUUAUACGUCACCGGUUGGGGACAUACCGGCCGAGUAGGAAAAAGCGACGCUGCAGAAUUGAAGCAGACGUUGACGAAGUCCAUGAGCACGGAAGCUUGCCGGGACCACAGUGGUCGCAACGUUCCACCAACAAUACUCUGUGGCGGUCACGAAUACGGUUCGUCGUGUGAUGGAGACAGCGGAGGUCCCGUGGUGCACAGAAGCAACGGCACUUGGAAGCUGCAUGGUAUCGUCGUGGGCGGUCCCCAGGAGUGCGGCGAAGAGGACGAGCCGCUCUACUUCGCCAAGGUGUCACACUACGUGCGCAACUUUAUUGACGUCUACGUGGACGCUAAGACGAGUCGAAAGACAUUAAGGAAAAUAUGCAACUUCCUAUGAGCUAGACGACAGUGACCGGCUGGUACAGGCCCUGUGAAUACGCAGAGUUCUUCGCGUUACUCGCACCAGGCGUCAAAUAAGAAAGCCAGGAGCUGUGAUAGUUUGCUACUGCAGCAGUGUUGUUGGUGAAUGCCUAAUACAAGCAGAGGUACUCUUAUUCUGAAAGCGAAUUAGUGCGGUGCAAUUAUAAUCGUUGCACCAGACUUUAAUCCAUGAUGUAGCAGAACUCAACAGGUUGACAUGGCCGAGACUCUGAGCCACAUAUUUUGCCCUUAUUAACACAAGCGAUUAUGUACAAAAAUCGGGACGCACAAGGAAACAUAUCAGUAGUGUUAAACCUCAUGUAACACACAUUUAUCUUUAUUUUGUGUGAUUCCUUAUCCGGAUGUAUUUUCAUGGAACCGUAUUUUUCUGAAAUUCACAUCGAAUUGAAGCUGCUAUGAACUCUGCAAUGUUGCAGCGGCUCUCGCCUUCAGAGUUCAGGACCCUGCGUAUCGUCCGGUAGACCAUCUGGUCGCCCCCUGUCAUCCCCCCAAAAUAAAUCACCUUGUUUUUCCCGGAGUAUAUUUUGUUGUUUUCGGAGCAGUAAAUUAAACAAAGAUAACUCAGCCGAUUGGCUUAGCUUCAAAUUAAUAAGUUCUUCCUUUUGUUUGCUUUGACAACGCACCCAGGAAACUACAAAAAAAAUUGCUGUGCAUUUCGGACGAAUAGAAGUAAGCUCUUUCCUUCAUGCUUUAAAAUUGGCAUUGAAAUGUUCAAAAUCAGGUGAUUCACGCUUGUGGAUAUCCUGCAUGGAUUGAUUAGAUUUCCUAUUGGCCAAUGAAAAUCGCAUGGUCAUGCUGAAAUUUGCUGCAAAAAUGUAAACGAGUAGUCAGCAUGUAAACACUCCCGGUGUCUUCAGGAACCGGCGUGGGGGAUAAGUGAGUGCUGCAUUUUUCUGCUGAGCACGAUAUGAAGGGCUAGACUCCCGUUAGUGAAUGUCAGUUUACAAGGAGAGAGAAAUGUAAAAACACUUGUGUACAGGGAUUUAGUUGCUAGCGACAGAACCCGGCGAGAUCCAUACCAAUUCGGAUCCCUCCACUGUGGCGCAUCUCAUAACCCCAGGGUUGGUUUCGGACGGUAAACCACUUGAUGAUUGCCUGUCUCUGCCCUUUCCUUGUUUUGCAUCGCAGUCAUUGCGGCAAGUAGAAUAACGUGCCGCAAAACUUACCGAAGGAGUUGAUAUUUCAGAAAUGCGACUUGAAAUCCGUGGCGGUAGAUGUCACUCAGCUCGUUAUCUUUAUUUAGCAUCUGCAUUUUGGUUUAGCUUACAAUCUGUAGGAAACAAUGAACGGCUGCGGUAUCAGCAAUGUUAAUCUAUCCUGCGCUGUAAAUUAGAGGGCAGUGCAGCGUUCGACUGAAAUGGUUACUAUGUGUCAGAAUGUACUGAGGUUGUCUCGCGCACAGGCAAGAUGGGCAGGUGCGAUGAAGAACCAGAAGAUAUCGUAAGUAAGAAAUUGCAGCCUCUGCUCUAUGGCGUGCUUCUAGUGCUAUUUGGUAGCCAGCAUUCUAAUGCUAUCUAUAGCAGGCAAAGCACAGGAGCGCUAGGUAUGUAUAGGACCUGCGCUGUAGAAAACUAGGUGGAGUCAAGAAGUUCCGAGUUCAGGCUCAUUAGAGGAAGGCCCGAAAUUCAGUAAUGUGGAAAGUUAGGCGUGUUGGUUGUUAAUCAUCAUACCGUGUGGGUGAGGCACCGUAGUGUACAGGAAAAAAGGGAGGGACAUAAGUUUCGUGUAACCUGGUGCCUCUCUGCUUUUUUCUGGUCAGUGCGCUGCGUCACUCUCACGGUACGAUGAAGACCUGAAAUUCUGAAAUGGGGCUAGUAAGCUACGCAACCGCCAGCGAUCGGCUGUGUUUACAGAAAACGGGUCUCGAUGCGGUAACCCUUCAAAUGUUUCACAGUAAAAUGAUCCUCAAUUCUCAGAAUGACUUUUCGCCCAAGCCGGCAGUACACGCCAGCUUCACAGGUAAAAUUAACGGCGCUAAAGGUUUAGCGGGUAAUAUUUAUUUCAGCGCAUAUUUCCAUUACCAGUCGCUUUGGGCCCGAACUUUUUCGAGUUGCUGUGCUCAGUACCAAAAUCACGGAAGCGCACUCUACAUAUUUGACGCAGUGGACCAAAUGACGGCAGAUUCUGUAAUAAUAGUGAUCUGGUUGUAUGAAAGGGAACAGAACGAAAAUAAAACUGGGAAACUUCCAAAACUACGAAAUUAUUUAUUCAUGAAACUUAUCCUCCAAAAUGACCUGUUUAGUGCCGCCACAAUGCCAUGCGUUUGCUUGCUCGGUUGCAUAUAUUUUUUUCAUAAUUAGUUCUCACGGCACGCUUAUCCUACUAUAACGUAGGCAGAGGCGCGUUUCGAACCGGUGAAGCGGCGCAAGAAACAUGUAGUGCACGGUACUAAUCCGCGAAACUUUUAUUCACAACCGCGGUUCGCUUUCGGUCUGUCUCCUUCGCAAUAGAUGCACUAAAUAUAACGAUUGGCAGACAGCUGCUCUUAAGAAAAGUUCUAGCAUUAGUGUUUUCUUUUUUUUUUUUGCAUAUAGAGGUCCAGAAUCAGUGCACUACUUUGACCCUAAAUCAUAAGUAAAAACUUGGUUUAGAAGAACCUAAUUAGAUAUGUAGCAUGAGCAGCUGCGAUGAUAAUUGACAAGUUUUUUAAUGAGAAAACAUAGCCGCGUUGCAAGCUUGUUCAAACAAUCACUUGCGGUUAGGGCCCGUAUUCACAAACAUGGGCCCUAUAACGUAAAGCUAUUGCAAGUUUUGCUAUUCCAAUUCUGCAGUCAGCCCUCCGCGAUUGGUCAAAAACAUUUUUGAACGCCCCCACUUCGCCUGUCUCUCACGCGACGUCUUAAAAUCCGCGAUAGCUCCCCAUCUGAUAUGACGUGUGCACACUGAUUAUGCAUGAUCGGACCCAACAAAAGAAAAAUAGUUAUUUCUGAUUUCACACAUUUCCGCCAUUAGACCUAGGCUAUUGGUCAAAGUUCUAGGCCUGCGCCCACUUCACCUGUCUGUCACGUGACGUCACAAAACCGCAAAAACUCACCGCGUGAAAGUGACGUGUGCGCGUUAAAGAUGCAUUCAUAUGCCGAAAAAAACUGAAUUCUCUUUUCUGAAUAGCCCCAGGCUGCCUCGUUCGGAAAGGAACAAAAGAUGGUUGCCGCCAAUCGCUCAGGCACUGCCUACUCGCACCUGCCGGAGAGCAUGGGUUUACAAUAAAACUUUUUGCGUGGCCGGGUAACGUUUUCGAGAUCUUUUGGCACGUUUCCGACAUCGCUCUUUCAACUCUUCUUUGCUGAGGAUCAGUUUCAGCAGCACUCUUAACCUUACAUUGAAUGCCGCCGCGAUUUUCGACCAGCCACCAAAAGCUAAGUAAGCGAAAGCGGAGAAAUCGCAGAUGCCGGCACCAUUCCCUUCAUCCGGUUGUCGAUUUUCAGUGCAAUAUCUCGGCCCCAUCGAAUCCAUCUUCACUUCUCGCUUCUUGUCUGCCAAUUAGAUAGGACAAGCCGCUCAGUGUAGGCAAUGUUGUUUGUUUUUAAAGCAAACAAAUGUGACCUCCUGAAGAUGAGACGAGCGCUUGAUUGAUGCUUGAGAAGAGCGUUUGUUUGGUGCCCGAUGCUUGCGUCAGCGGUUACGCAAAUUUGACGUCAGGAGAUUAGAACAAAAACAUAUUGGAGUAUUAUUACGUUAUAGGGCCCAUGUAUUACGCUAGAACGGUUCGUAAGAGAAAAUUUGUUCCAAUCCUUGUGCUGGACAUAUCAUUAGCGAAUCUUCUCUGCCAAUGAUAACAAGCACAUACGAACGAAAAGGUUUGUGAAUUUGACCCGAGAUACGUUGCGACCACAGUAUCAGUAAAUUAUCACACUGCAGCAAAUGUGUUGUUCACGCGCAGCGCCGAUUUCAUUGGCGCCUGGUGCGAGUAAGUCGAGACGCCCUGUAUAUACUUCAUUACACUUGUCACCAUGUGACAUAUGAUCAUACUUCUGCUGUAUUCAUUCAGAAAUAAAUCAUCCUCAACAACCACUA